UCCCCCCGCCUCCCCAACCACCGCCUUCCCCUCCCGGAUCCCCUCCCCUCGGGCAGCCGGAUCCGGCGAGGCAGAGGGCGGGCGCGGCUCCCGCUGAUCCGAGGCGGCUCCACCGGGGAUUCGUUCCGUUUCGGUGGGCUCCACCUAACAGGCGGGGGGCGUAAUUCUGAGAGGACGACGGAGGCCAGGUGGUGGUGCAUGAGCGCUGCUGGACCACGGCGCAGGCGCGCAGCGUAGGAGCACCGCGCGCCGCCGGGAGGCGCCAUGAUCGAGCAGUUCGUUAAUUUCGUCAUCCGGCCGCCCCGGUCAGAAUAUAAUCCAGAUCAGUAUCUAUGGGAGGAAGAUUUUAUCCUUGCAGGACGUAAAUACAAACGACUAGACUUGGAGCUUACAAAUGCAAGAGGCUAUAUUUUAAAAUGCAGCCACUAUGUUCCUGCUUUUAUCCCAGAGAACACUGCCCUCCCAUGUGUGGUCUACUGCCACGGAAAUAGCGGAUGUCGAGCAGAUGCAAAUGAAGCCGCUGUAAUACUUCUUCCUUCAAAUAUCACUGUUUUCACACUUGACUUUUCUGGGUCAGGUCUAUCGGGUGGGGAUUAUGUCAGCUUGGGUUGGCAUGAGAAAGAGGACCUCAAAUGUGCAGUGUCAUGUCUUCGGGACAACAAACAAGUUUCCACUAUAGGCCUUUGGGGGCGAUCAAUGGGUGCUGUUACAUGCCUACUCUAUGGAGCAGAGGACCCCUCUAUUGCUGGCAUGGUAAUGGAUAGUGCUUUCACUAACCUAUAUGACUUGAUGAUGGAACUUGUUGACGUUUACAAAAUUCGAGUUCCUAAAUUCACGGUUAAGAUGGUUGUACAGUACAUGCGGCGAAUCAUUCAGAAAAGAGCUAAGUUUGACAUAAUGGAUCUUAAUGUUUUAAAGUUGGCUCCCAAGAUGUUUAUCCCUGCAUUAUUUGGACAUGGUUUGAAUGAUAUGUUUAUUCAGCCUCACCAUUGUGAUCGUAUUCACCAGGCAUAUGGGGGGGAUAAAAAUAUAAUUAAAUUUGAUGGUGAUCAUAAUUCCCCAAGACCUCAAUCAUAUUAUGAUUCAGUUUCUAUAUUCUUCUAUAAAACUUUGCGUCCUCCUAUGCUGCCUACAACACGAUCAAAGCUUCAUGUGGGCGCAUUUAAAGUUGGUAGCAUAACCAAUGAGAGUUUCUUCUUUGAAAUCAUCAAUGGUCUACGGUCAGCAAACACUGCAGCCUGCAGUUCAUCAAGAGAUGCACCUAACAUCCCACAUGAUAGCACAUCUGUAGUUGAAUUGUUGUCUAGCAUGAAUCAACUGUCCAUUAAGAAUGAGAAUGACUUGCUGCAGGACUUUCUUUUAGAUGAAAACUGCAGCCUGUCAGAGAUUGAUGGGGAUAGCGUUGGAUCACGUUUGCAGGAUAAAACAAGUAGGCGCAAUGAGGAGUCAUGUUCAUUCACAAGCUCUAACAGAGAAAGUUGGGGCAGAUGUUCAUCUUUAGGAGCAGCCAGUGAUGAAUCAUUCUCAGCCAAUAAUAAUGAUAAGCAGAAUUUGACAGUGAAGGCUUUGGCUACGCCUCUAAGACAAAACCAGAGACAAAGCCAGCGGAAACCGAUGGAGAAAUCUAAGCAGAAGAAGAUUCAAGCGUUGUGGAAGAAGAUUAAGCGCGAGAAGGUGGAGAUGGGGGAUAGCCUAUCUUCGCGUUUGAAGAUGUGCCUGGGGCAAUCUCCGCGGCACAAGAGGAGUAGAUCGUCUGGAGGGAUUACAACUUCAUAGCCCUGACAAGUCUACUUGAACCACUAAUUGGCCACCACAGAUUCUCCCUUAUUCUGACCUAAUCAUUACCACGCUGUAACCUAUAUAACCCUAGGUGAAUAUAUGUUACAUGACCGCAAUGUAGCAUGCUAGGAUGCUCGGAAGCUGAAAAAGCACGCCCUUGUAUCAUCUCUUGUAAUUGCCUGAAACAAGUGUAAGUGCCAUCUCUGGCUUGCUGUUGCGUGUUAUUUCCUUCCCUCACUUGCAUCCUGUAGUUGGCAGUGCUGACAACGGGUUGAUGGUGAAAUGGAAUGGGUAUGGGUAUUGAUGGUUUCAUCUUCAGC